AAAGAGAGACGCACAGACGAUCAGACCUCAGACCAAACUAGCAGCUUCCUCUGAGUGAGUCCAGCUACAGGAGAGAAAAGUGGAAAACUCCAACACUGCUGCUUCAAGCUGCUGACGCUCCACACACUGAAUCUUCACUCACAGACUCAAUGGCUUCCAGAUCAGAGGAGGAUCUCUGCUGUCCGGUCUGUCAGGAGGUCUUCAGAGAUCCUGUUAUUCUGUCAUGUAGCCACAGCUUCUGUAAAGACUGUCUGAAGAGAUGGUGGAUCAAAAAACGGAUACGAGAGUGUCCAGUUUGUAAGGAAAUAUCUUCAAAGGAAGAACCACCUUUAAACCGGGCUUUAAAGAACCUGUGUGAGUCGUUCUUACAGGAGAGAGAUCAGAGAGCUUCAGAGGCUCUCUGCAGUCUGCACUCUGAGAAACUCAAACUCUUCUGUCUGGACCAUCAGCAGCCAGUUUGUCUCGUCUGCAGAGACUCAGAAAAUCACACCAAUCACAGAUUCAGACCCAUCGAUGAAGCUGCACAACAACACAAGAAGGAACUUCAGGAAACUCUGGAGCCCUUAAAGAAGAAGUUAAAGGUUUGUGAAGAAGUUCAAGUGAAGUUUGGUCAAACAGCAGAACACAUUAAGGUCCAGGCCCGACACACAGAGAGGCAGAUUAAGGAGCAGUUUAAGAAGCUUCACCAGUUUCUAGCAGAGGAAGAGGAGGCCAGGCUGGCUGCACUGAGGGAGGAAGAGGAGCAGAAGAGUGGGAUGAUGAAGGAGAAGAUGGAGGCUCUGAGCAGAGAGAUAGCAGCUCUUUCAGACACAGUCAGAGCCACAGAGGAGGAGCUGAGAGCUGAAGACGUCUCAUUCCUGCACAACUACAAGGCUGCAGUGGAAAGAGUCCAGCGCUGCCCCCUGCUGGAUGAUCCACAGCUGCCCUCAGGAGCUCUGAUAGACCAGGCCAAACACCUGGGCAACCUGACCUUCAACAUCUGGAACAACAUGAAGGACAUGGUCUCCUACACUCCUCUCAUUCUGGACCCAAACACUGCUCAUCCAAACCUCAUCCUGUCUGAAGAUCUGACCAGUGUGGUAGAAGGAGAUGAACAGCAGCUUCCUGAUAAUCCAGAGAGGUUUGAUUUCUACUGCUCUGUCCUGGGCUCUGAGGGCUUUAACUCAGGGACUCACAGUUGGGAUGCUGAUGUUGGAGACAGUAAAUGGUGGAGACUGGGUGUGUUAGCAGAGUCUGUGCAGAGGAAGGGAAUCAUUCAGUCUGAAUUAUGGACUAUAUUGUUAUAUAAAGGUACAUACUCAUCAUGUUCACCAUCAGCUGGAUCCACUGAACUCUCAGUAGAGAAGAAGCUCCAGAGGAUCAGAGUGAAUCUGGACUGGAACAGAGGAAAGCUGUCGUUCUCUGAUCCUGAUACUAACACACACAUACACACCUUCACACACACUUUCACUGACAGGAUGUUUCCAUAUAUUUGGGCUGAUGAUGAAGUGAAGGUGUUGCCGUUGAAGGUGUCAGUGUCAGUGAAGCAGAUGAGUUGAGGAUGAUGAUAUUUCUAAUGUUGUUUCCUGUCAGUGAAUUGAAGCUGUUAAACUGCAGCUGUCCUCCUGCUGCCUACUUAAACAUAUUGUUGAAAUCACAAUUCAUAUUUGGCUUUCAUUCACUUUAGUCAAGCCAGCACUCGCCAUAGGGUAUGUUAUAUAAAUAAUCUCCUGACUGAAUACAGACUUCAACUGAUCAUGCCUUUCCCUGUUUUGUCUAGAUUCUGGUUUUCUAGUGUUUUUCUUUGUGUUUGAGGAACCAUGGUUGCUACAGCUUCAAGGAAAGUUAGAUUUACGAAUUUUAAUGUCAGCUUUGUUCUUGUUAGGAACAAGCUAAUAGCUAACUUGCUCGAAUGUGAGCUGGAUUUCUUUUUCCAUAACACAAAGUUUGAAACACUUCAUACACAACUGUUCCUUGUGUUUCAUGACAUGUCUUCAUUGUUGUUUUGAAUGUGUUGCUGUAUGGAAUAUGCAGUGUGUGCGAGCAAAGUUAAUAUAGUUAAUAUAUUUUAGUAUUUAUAUUUAUUGUUAAACUUAUUUUGUGUAUUUAGUAAUUUAAUAAGUAAAUUCAUGGUUAUGAUUGAACUAAAAUUAUUUUUAUUGCAUUAUUGUUGGAUUGAUUAAGUAAAACCAUGAAUAUGUGUGCCUUAAAGGCUUGGUUUAUAGUUAAAAACCCAGCAUUCUGGAUUUAUGCAAAUGAGCACAUGCGUCGCUAAAGGGGGAGAGAGAGAGAGAGAGGAAAAAGUUAGUAUAGCAGAGGCAAGAUGCUGCAGGAGAGGAGGACAGAGCCACAGUUUUCUACUGUAGUGUGUUUGUUGUUCAGGAUAGCUUAGUCCUAAUUACUCCUAUAAGAAGAUUUACAAGCUGUGGAAUAAAUUUUUGUUUAUAUCUUUUCA